GUCACAGAAACCCCUCCCCCAGAGACCUCAGAUUAGACACACAGAGGCUGUGAGAUCUGCAGAUUAAGAAAAUAGACUGCUGCAUCAUGCAUGGGGAGACUGCCCUGGAUUAGAGGCAUCCAGAGAGAGACUGCACCACCAUGCAUGGAGAGACUGUCCAAAAUUAGAGACAUCCAGAGAGAGAAAGAGCGAGAGAGACUGCUGCACCAUAUGUGUGCAUCUCCAUUAGCGUGACAUCCCUGAAACCUUAUUAACUGAGAGACCGCUCUAUAUGACCUGCGAGGGACCGCCUCAACAACUCUGGCCACCUAAUGAAAAAGUGUGACAUCUGAUCUGAAGAGACAGACCCUCUGGAUCACGAUGUCUGAAGGAAUUAUGAGCAAAGCUGCGACGAUGGAGAUUCCAAUCAGCAGCAACGGGGUCUCCGGGGCCCUCAACGAGGACGAGAGUUUGGAGCAGGAUCUGCAGCAAGUGAUGGUCUCCGGACCCAACCUGAACGAGACGAGUAUAGUGUCGGGCGGAUAUGGAGGGACCACUGAAGGGAUCAUUCCGACCGGCAGCUUAAAAGGGCCGGCGGUGCAGUUUAACCCCAACUUCCUUGGACCGAGACUCCUGACGGCAGAGGGACAAGGACCUCUCUCCCAGCCGGGCUCCUCACAUCCAUCUAUGACCUCAGAAGAACUUUCACGAGGUUUGGCGGUGGAAAAAUUUGAUCUUGUGAAGAAAUGGGGAAUAAACACAUAUAAAUGCACGAAGCAGCUGAUCUCCGAGCGCUUCGGCCGGGGCUCCCGUACCGUGGAUCUGGAGCUCGAAACACAAAUUGAGCUGUUGAGGGACACGAAGCACAAGUACGAGGGAGUCCUGCAGCUCGCGCGAUCCAUGACCGCUCACUUCUACAACCUGGUGCAGACCCAGAGGGCGUUAGGAGACGCUUUCUCCGACCUGAGUCAGAAAUCCCCGGAGCUGCAGGAGGAGUUUGGGUAUAACGCUGAGACCCAGAAGCUCCUCUGUAAGAAUGGAGAGACGCUUCUGGGAGCCGUUAAUUUCUUUGUGUCGAGUAUCAACACCCUGAUUAACAAGACCAUGGAAGACACCUUGAUGACUGUCAAACAGUACGAGACGGCCAGGCUGGAGUACGAUGCCUACAGAGCCGACCUGGAAGAACUGAGUUUGGGCCCCCGGGACGCGGCCACCCUGUGCCGCAUGGAAAUUGCGCAGCAAAACUUCCAGAUCCAUCGCAACAAAUACGAGAAACUUCGGGGAGACGUAACCAUCAAACUGCGCUUUUUACAGGAGAACAAGGUGAAGGUGAUGCACAAACAGCUGCUCCUCUUCCAUAACGCCAUCUCGUCCUACUUCGCUGGCAACCAGCAGCAGUUAGAGGCUUCUCUGCAGCAAUUCAACAUCAAACUGAGCAGCGCGGCCAGCGACAAGCCGUCCUGGCUGGAGGAGCAGUGAGCCGCCGGACGGGCAGACGGGGGGCGCGGAGCCGCUGCGCAUGUCUGUGUUUUUAUUUAUAUGCGAGAGGCAGAAACACUCCAGUCUGUAAGCAUGUUACAUGUGUGUGGUGUGACAGUGUGAGUACGUGGCGAGGAGAAUGUGCGUGGGAUGGUACGUGUCGGUGCACACACAAUGUGUGA